UUUCACCUUGUCAUUAUUCUUAAGUUCUCCCUAUUUGGUACAACUAACACACCGUUCUCUUUUAGGAACAGCCAUGCAGGGGGGCGGCUCUCCUGGGGGUGAUGUGGAGGACCAUUAUGUACAGGAGAUGCUCGUCGCUGUCCAAACAGGUGACGAGGAGAAGCUACGAUUAACUGAAGCAACUCCCAGCAAAGCAGGCGUGAACCAUGUUUAUCCACAUCCAGUGUCUGCCACAGCUCUCCAUGUUGCCACACAGAAUGAAUCCGUCGAACUAGUGCGAGUCCUCUUGCAGGCUGCAGCUGAUCCCAAUGCUCGGGAUCUUCAGAGUGGCAGGAAGUAUUGUCCAAUACAUUAUGCUACAAAUAAUGGCAACAUAGAAAUCCUUCAAGCACUUCUCAAAGCAGGGGCAGAUCCUAAUGCAAAGGAGGGAGAAUACGCCGACAUCCCUCCACAUCUUGGCUACUCGCUGAAGACUAACGAGGACAACUUUAAAGCAUGUCUUGAUGCUCUUCUCUCUUGCAAUAAGAUUAAAGUUGACACUGUAGACAGUAAAAAAUCUUCACCUCUCUUUAUGGCCGCUACAAAGAGUUGGGAGUACAUGACACGUCAAAUGAUUCUCAAAGGAGCUAAUGUUGACGCUGCCGUUGGAAGAAAAACAGCUCGUGAUGUCAUCAACAAGAAUUUACCCUGUCUUCUUGACACAAUUGAUUUUUCUGUGAUUGAAAAACCCCAAAGAUAUUUCAGUGAGGAGUUAUAUGAUGCCCUAGUUAAUCAUGAUUUAGACCUCUUUAGAGAAAUCCUUGAUGAAAUUAACAGUUCUGAGGAAAAGUCUAAGGCUUCCAUUCUGGAAGAGGACCACGGAGAGUAUACACUUCUACAGUAUGCAUGUGACAAAGGACUUCCUGAUUUUGUUGAGGAACUACUCAAGAAUGGGGCUAAUCCAUCCAGAAAAGAUGACACCAACAAUAAUACCCCAAUCCUGUAUAUACCAGAAAUGGAUAUCACGAGAUAGAAAAUGCUCAUAAAAUCCUUAAGAGAAGGGCGUGAAUUGGAGAAAGGGGCACUGAAGCAAGCAGACUUACUAAAAGAAACUCCUCUGCACAAAGUGGUAAAGAGAGAAUAUAAACUAAAGAAUGAAGGUGUCAACUAUUACAAGUGUCUAGAACUACUCCUGAAAGAGAGGCGUUAUUUAGACAUUGAUGCCCAAGAUAGCUUUGGCUGCACACCUCUCCACUACGCUGUCCUCUGUGAUGAUCAAAGCUUUGUUCGUACUUUGCUGUUGAAUGGAGCUAAUUUAGGCAUCAAGAACAAGUUUGGAACUCUUGCAAUUACUCGAAUCCAAGCAUCAGUCCUCGAGGAAGUUCUUAAUGAAUGUAUUGAACACAACCGUAAUGUGGCCGAUCGUGACUUUGAAAUAAUCCUUCGCUAUAGCAUGCUGGCUCCAUCACAGUCUUCUCAACAGCCAGAAACAGAGUGUCUACGGUUCCUAAGUGCAUCACGUAAACACAGGCGACUACUGCUCCAUCCCAUCAUCGACACUUUCCUUUUCCUUAAGUGGCAGAGAAUUAAGCAAUAUUACUUUUUCAAUAUCUUUGCCUACACAGCCUUCCUCAUUCUUCUCACAGCUUAUAUUCUGAUCUUCCAUGGCUCAUUUAUCCCUGCAUCAGAAGAAGAAACUGGACAGAAUAAUACAGAGGUGCCAGAUACCAACAGCACUGCAACAAAUUUGGAGAUGGUCAGAGAGAAAAUGAUGGAGAGCAUGACUGUCAAAUAUAUCCUGAAAGGUUUAAUUUCACUCUUUGCACUCUAUAUAGCAGUGAGGGAAGGUGUCCAGUUUUUUGUCUCAUGGAAGCUCUAUGUCUCACGCCUGGAGAACUGGCUGGAAAUCUCAAUUGUUUUGCUCACUACUAUUCUGUUAUUCAUUCCAAUAGGUGCUGGAUCACUACAAAGUCUCUCUGCUUGGCUCAUACUCUUCUCCUGGAUUGAGUUCAUUCUCUUACUUGGCCGUCACCCUUAUCUUGCAGUGUACAUCACCAUGUUCACAACAGUCACUUAUAACUUCCUCAAGUUUAUCAUCAUGCCUUUCAUGAUCAUAGCAUUCAGCAUCAGCUUCUAUCUGGUGUUCCAAGUUGAUGAUAAUUUCAUGACAUACCACCAGUCACUGCUUAAAACUAUUGCUAUGACAACGGGUGAGCUAGAGUAUUCAGAAUUACCCCUUUCAGCCUUCCCUGUAUCCUCUCACCUCUUAUUUGUGUUGUUUGUAUUCCUAAUAGUUCUUGUCUUAAUGAACCUCCUUAAUGGUCUGGCUGUCAGCGAUAUCCAACAAAUCCAGCAGGAAGCUGAAAUUGUCAGUUUUAGCAGUCGUGUUGAACUAAUUUCCUAUAUUGAAUCUGUAUUUCUGGGAAGUCCAUUGCAGCAAAUAGUCCCAGGACCAAUCAAAUGCUGUGAGAAGGGAGAGACUGCCACUUUGUGUCCUGUGCGGACUCUCGAACCAGUAAUGAGGCUGCUCAACUGGCUGGGGCGGCGGACACUCAUGUUUCAGUCUUGCCUUAAUGAUAAGCACUACAUAACCAUGUACCCCAACCGUGACGUUGAACGCUGGAGUGUCUGUGACUGUCACACGUUCCAUCUCAAGGAAGCCCAUAUUGAAGCUGCAAAAGAUGUGGUUCUCGAGAAAGAAUAUGCUGUCGCUAACCACCGUCUCACUGGCCUCGAAACUCGUCUGGAUGAAGUGAUGGCUGCUAUUUCAUCUCUCACAGAAAAAGUAAACACGUCCUCUGCCCAUCACCACAGUGACGGUCAGAGUCUUCCGAGGCUCUGACACCAGUUAACAUUUGAUUUACUUAGAUCUCACACUGCGCUUAAUAAUUUAGUUACCAAAUGCUGAACUGUAUGUCUACUACAAUUGAACAGCAAAUGAUAUUUCUAAAUAUUAAAGGUAUUAAUAAUGUAUACCUUACAAUUAUACAGCCUAAGGUAUCAUUUUAUUAUUGUAUGUAAUUCAUAUACAGUAUAUACAGUAGUGUGACACUCAAGUGGGCAAAAAUGAUUGUGGUGCUGUGUAGUGAAUGUCUGUUGUUCACAUAACUAGUGAAUUGUACUUAUGUUGUUGCGAGAUAAUUAAGUAGGUGUUUAUUUCUAUUUCCACACAAAGGAAAUUGAUAUAUACUGUACUGUACAGUACUUACUAAACUACUGUAGCGUAUUUAACUAAAAUCUGGAAUGUAUUUUGUGAUAAUACAUAGGUUAAGAACUUUUUUUUUUUAGAUAAGUAAGUGAUAAUGCAUCUCCCUCCAGAGGAGCUUAUUUAUAUGCCAGUACAUAAAGGAGUGAAGCUUUUACUGCAUCAUUGAUCUAAAAUUGUAGAACGUAUAAAUUAAUGAAAUAUCCACCCUAAGAGAAUGUAGUACAAGUAUAUCUAUUACCCUGUAUACAGCUCAUUGUUCUGGGAAUCCUUGUACUGUACUGUACUUUAAAUUGGACAUAUUUACUCUCAUUUAUGACAAUUAUUUUAGAAAGAUACAGAAUUUGUACUUAAUUGUGUUUUAACUUGGACAAUUUCCCCUUUCCUGGGGUGUUUGUUUCCCUUUAUCUAAACCAGAGAUAAAGUGGGGGAGGAAUAAAGCUUACAGUUAGGUGUUUAGACUACUGUACUGUACUGUACUUCAAAAUAAGACAAACAAAACAUAUUGUUGAAAAUUACAUAAUCGGUGAAUGAUUACAAGAUAUCCAAACCUGACUACCCAGUUAAGUGUGAUAAAAAUGUACAAUAUUGUUACAAACUAUAAAAAAAAAAGAGAAUUUCUUUAUAUACAGUAGAAGUUGUUUGGUUAUAAUUUUGUAUGUAAUGUUAAGAGUAAACAUUCACUGUGUUUGCUGGAACUACUGUUGGAAAACCCUGCUUAAUAAAAUUAUAUACUCUACAGUACAGUACUGUACUUCAUAUUAAUUGGUGGAAUAUUUAUGCAUAAUCUGGUAUAUUUUCUUAAGUUUUCUGGAGAAGUGAUUUACUAGUGGUUUGUGAUGCUCAAGGCACUUGUACACCAAGUACUUAUUAAUAAAUUUCAACAUGAAAAUUAGCUUCCUGCAGGUGAGCGGUCCUCAGAUGUAUGGAAACCUUUGCUUUAUUUUAUAUAACUGAAACUUUUGCCUUUAUAGUAAUUUACUGUAUAUAUCAUAUAACAUUUUCUAUAUCGUAUACAUGAUCUGUGAAUAUGACAUCACCUAUCUGGGAAAAAAAAUAAUAUAUAUAUAUAUAUAUAUAUAUAUAUAUAUAUAUAUAUAUAUAUAUAUAUAUAUAUAUAUAUAUAUAUAUAUAUAUAUAUAUAUAUAUAUAUAUAUAUAUAUAUAUAUAUAUAUAUAUAUAUAUCAAUCAGUGAGGGAAGGUGUCCAGUUUUUGGUCUCAUGGAAGCUCUAUGUUGAUCACCUGACAAUCACCUCACCUACAAUAUUUACUGGACUACUUAAUGCAUUUAACUAACAAUACACUGGCAUUGGAAACAAGGGAGCACCAGCAACACCCCCUAAUAUUCAGAGUGCAAUAUUUUACAUUAAGUGCCUCCCCCACCCAGGAAAAUAAAAGUUUAGACUGCAAUUUAAUUUGCCAUGUUCAGUACACUCCCCCAAAAAGAGCUUAGCUUUGGAAGGAAACGUUCCUAUGCCUAUAGAGCACAAGUGGAGGGAUAUGAUUAAAACAAUAUUAAUUGACAAUAUAUUCAGUAUAAGAUAUGUACUGUAUACUGUACCAGUUAGCUUUCCAUCAACUGGAGGAAAAGUAAUUUUCAACAGUAAUGUAUUUCACAAGUCAUGUAAUAAGACCAUAGGUCUCUCCUACACUUUCUGUAACUGUUGUUCUGUUUACCAUCAGUAUGUGUGCAGCCUUACUGUAAGUUUGUGGUAAAGUACUGUACUCCAUAAGGUAGUAUGAUGUAAAAUGCCUUAAAAGGUUAACAGUGUUGAGUGAAAAUAUAAUUAAAAUAGUGUAUAUAGCCUUCAUACAACUAUAUUGCUUUGUAAAACUAAAUUCAAGCAAUGUAUCUGGUUUUGCUACUCAAAUAAAGUGGAUAUUGUGCUG